CCAGGACGGGACGGGUACCCGGGCCCUCUUGGCUUGGAUGGCAAACCCGGCCCCGAAGGACCCAAAGGAGAUAAGGGUGACCAAGGAGAUGUCGGACCCCGGGGACCCCCAGCUCCUGGAAGCUCCGCAAAUCUGCUCAGUAAUCAGAUUCUCACGCUGAAGGGUGAUAAAGGGCAGUCUGGCCCCCCCGGACCACCGGGGCUCCCAGGAACCCCCGGAACCCCAGGCCCCAGAGGACCCCCUGGGAACACUGGGAAGGACGGACCACGAGGACCUGCUGGAGAACCGGGUGCUCCUGGAAGAGAUGGGACUGAGGGACCAAGCGGUCCACCUGGAAAACAUGGUGGAGACGGCGCGCCGGGAGUUCCUGGGCCCCAGGGACCCCCGGGGUCGAAGGGGGAGCCAGGAGCUCGGGGGGACAGAGGGGUGGAUGGACUGAAGGGAGAUAAGGGCGAUGCAGGAGAAAUGGGCCUCCAGGGAGAGAUGGGCGUACCUGGGGAGAAAGGUGCACAGGGCUCUAGUGAAGUCAUCGACUUUGGCGGGAAGCUUCAAGAGGCCUUUCGGGGUCCACCUGGGCCCCCGGGUCUCCCAGGCCCACCUGGUGAGCAAGGUCCCAAGGGAGAGUUAGGCUUACCUGGCCCAUCUGGAGUGGAUGGAGAAAAGGGUCCCAAGGGGGUGAAGGGUGAAGUCGGGGAUCCCGGGACAGUAGGAGAGAAGGGCGAGAUGGGCCUCUCCGGGGCUCCGGGUGUCGAUGGGCAGAAAGGGGAGAAGGGAGACUCCACGUUUGAGGAUAAUCUGGUCCAGAUGAUCUCUCUGCCGGGACCUCCUGGCCCCCCUGGUCCUCCAGGCUCCAUGGGCGAGCCAGGAGUGGGCAUGAAGGGAGAGAGAGGGGCCAGCGGUCCUCCGGGGCUGCCGGGUCCUCCUGGCGCCACGGGAUUGGUUGGCCUACCGGGCACCAAAGGAGAAAAGGGGAAAUCUGGGGAGCCCGGAUAUGACGGUCUUCCAGGGCUGACGGGAGAUAAGGGGGACAGAGGAGAGAAAGGGGACAAGGGUGAUCGGGGCACUGUAGGCAAGAAGGGCUUAAAGGGGCAGAAGGGAGAACAGGGCCCCCCCGGUCUGGACCAGCCCUGCCCUGUGGAUAAUGAUGGGUGUAAAACACAGGCUGGGGAGGGGGGGCCACCUCCCCCACAGACCCCCUGCCCCCUGGGUCAGGACGGCCUACCCAUACCGGGAUGCUGGCACAAGGGCGAGCCGGUGUGGCAGAUACGAAAGCGAAAGCGCCUCUCCCAGCCCUGAAGGGAGAGAGAGACACGCGGAGUUCUCAGAGGCUGCGCGCGCUGUAGAAAUUAUGGAACAAGUCCGUGACUCACCGUCGAGGACUGCACAGUCUGCGGUGCGGAGUUUUACCAGCAGGGGGAGCUGCAGGGAUCACGCAUCAAGACUGCCUUGGAAACAGAAGUGCACCCCCGUCGCCUGGUGUUCUUCAAGGAGCUACCUUCCUGACAGAAGGGCAAUUGUAACUCCGAAAAAUACUAUAUUCCCCCUCCUUAUAUGCUGAAAAAAUAUUUUCCUUACAUUGUUAAUGGUCGUUUUGAUUGACUUACAUUGAUAUGUUGUUGAAUUUUUUGUUGGUUUUUUCCCUAACCUAUCUGGUUAUAGAGAAAAAGUUCCCUUCCAAAUGAAACAAUCCAUGUUGUUUUAGUUGUUUGCCAUGUUGCUAAAUGAAACUGCCGGGUAAUUGAUUGUUGGUGAAGUGUUAAGAAAGUGACUUUAGCAUGGACUUCCGAAAGAGAGAAAAAAUCCUUUCAUUUAAACAUCACACAGGCCAUCUGUUUGAAGAACUGAUGCAUUUGUGUUUCUUAUAUCUUAUACUACUGAAAUGUAGUGAUGACUUUGAUGUGCUUCAGUUACUCAUUUACAUUUGCAUUCCUGUGCAUGGAUGUCUUUGUAUGAAAUACACACAGGUAUACAGUAAAUAAUAUGUAUUUGUUUUAAAUUGAGCAGAAAGGAAAUUGUCAAGUAAUCAUGUAGAUGGCUUGUGUUGCUUUCUACAGGCAUCCACAUGAUUGGACGUGUAAGUUAGUUUUGUGAUGGACUGAAAUGUGUUAUCUAGCACGAUAAAGAAGCGACUUACAGUAUUGUUAAAGUUUUUGGACUUUUGUAGCUUUUUUAAGUUAUAUAUUUUUGUGUGUCAGUUUCUCAUUCUGAGGUAUCAGUAUGUUUUUUUUCUGCUUUUGAAAACUUAUUUUUCCAAGGUCUAUAUUUUAGCUUUUGCUGCUGAAGGAUGAAUAUUCUUAUCAAGAUAAGAUGUUUAUGUCAAUGGGAUAUGUGUCACUGUUUUGGAGAAGAUUUGACCUGAGAGAUAUGGUCUACUAAACAAUGUUAGACCACUGAUAUCGACGUCAGAUUGAUUUAACGGUGAUGAUUGCUGUUGAUUGUUUUUAUUUUUUUAUUGAGAUACAGGCCUGUGCUACAUGUGUUCAGUGUUUCUUUUUUAACAUGUGAGGUGCUGCUCCAAAGGUCAAAGGUCAGAGGUGAGAGUGCAAGUGGCUGCACUGUAACUUUGAUUUUUCCGCACGUCUGGGUCCUCGCUGCCUCUUCUGUUGAUCUGACGUUUCUGUUCCAGGGUGAACCAACCGUAACAGAUCCCCUGUACCUCGCAUGCGCACCCCUGCCACCGCACUCAAGCCCAACUCCCCCUUGCCCCUCACCCACCUCCCAGUUAACGCACAUGCAUACACACGCAUAAACACACACCAACACACUCUGUCACUCAAGCACACUUCUUUACUCACACACAUACAUGUGCACACACACACCUGCACACACACACUCUCUCACACACACACACAUAUAUAUACACUUACUCACUCUCUCUCACAUAUACAUACACCUACACACAAAUGUGUACACACACACACACAGAUUUGCUCAGACAAACACACACACAUUUUUUUUUGGUAGGCAUGGGGUACUCAUUUAACCAGUGUCAAUAAGCUUUCUGCUUCAGUAUAACACAGGAAUACUCUGAGUUGGCCUUCAAUGCCAGUAGUGCUGCUGGUUUUCUUUUCUACCUGAUAGUUAAUUGAUUGAUUAAUACCACUGAUUGGCCAGAGAUUUAACUCACCUGGUGUCCCAGGUGUAUAUCAGUCCUGGUUAGAAGGGAAGAAUGAAGACCAGCAGUACUACUGGCCUUGGGGGACAGAUUUGGGUACCCCUGAUCUAGAGCUUUUUACCACAUGCUAAAUACAUAUGUUCUUUAUAUGAUACAUAUAUUAGAGCUCCAUACAUCAUUGGAUCAAUUCUAUGUUUUUUACUCGUGUGCCAUAUUUCAUAUUUUAAUUUUUACUUUCAAAUUUGUUCAGUUAUUGUAUGGCGUCAAUGAAUUAAUGAGACAGACCCCAAAACCCUCUGGCCUCAAAUGUUUUCUUUUUUUUGUCCAUUGUGUUGAAGUGGUCUCUCAUUGAGGGUCCCAUUUUAUCUGUCCUAAGGAUUUCCUGGGGUUUGUCUUUCAAACACACUCAGUACUGUCUGAAAUUACUUCUCCAGGUAACUUCUCUUAUUUGGGUUUAAUAGGUUUGUGUUCUUGAUUACUUUGCAGUGUUUUUGUACUUUAAGUUUCACAGUAUUGUAUUUUUUGUUUUGUGCUUGUAUUUUGCUGUGUGUUUGGUAGUAAAAGAGUUUCAGCUAUUUUUGUUACUUUCUCUUUUGUUUUCAAAAGAAGUGCAUUUUGGUAAAUUAAACAUAUAAUCAGAAAUAAACAAUUUUUCAAAACCA